CUCGCCACAGAAGCCGAACGAACUCCAGUUGUUCAAUGUCUAGUGCUUAAGUGUUGAAUUAUGGCUUUCAUCAGGAAUAUUAGUCGGCUAGAAAACUUUCUUUGGCUGCAAUGGUUCGCCGCGAUGACAGCAUUACUGAUGUCAAUCACUGUGGGGCUGAUGGUUGGUUGGACAUCGCCGUAUCUACUGCGAUUAACAGCGGAGGAUUCAGAAAUUCCGAUAACUCCGGACGAGGCUUCCUGGGUGGCCUCACUUUUGAAUCUGGGUCGAUUCCUAGGAGCGUUCGUUGGCGGAGUUUGCGUCGAGUACUUGGGAAGCAAGCAGACCUUGACCGCUCUCGGUAUACCUUUGAUAGUAGCAUGGAUCUGCAUCAUGGUCGCGGAUUCAGUGGCUUGGCUGUACGUGGCCAGGAUUCUGGGUGGUAUGUCGCUGGGGAUGUCAUUCAGUAGCUGUCCUCUUUACCUCGGCGAAGUCUCCAGUCCAACGAUCCGAGGGACUGUAGUGACUUUAGCGAUGUCCGGAUUCGCGUUCGGCACGACGAUCGGCAACGCCAUGGGCGUCUACCUGCCGAUGAACGUCUUUGCCUACAUCAGCAUCGUCCCGAGCAUUUUCUUCGUUUUAAUAUUCCUAUGGAUCCCCCAAUCUCCUCAUUAUCUCGUACGCACGGGAAAACUGGAACAAGCUGAGAAAUCGAUGGCCCGAUACAAUCCAGGCGCAAACAGCAAGCUCGAGGUGAAGUAUCUGAAGGAUUUCGUCGUCGCCCGCGAUGAUAUGUCGUUCAUGGACCGCAUGCGAGAGAUGAAUGUCCCACAGAACCGACAGGCCAUGAUUAUCUCCAUCAUGCUUUUCUUCUUCAUGCAGUUCAGCGGAACAAACUCGUUCGUUUACUAUAUGGAAAUAACUCUGACUGAUGCAGGAAUCACGUUCGUGGCUCCGGCCACUUUGGUCAUUACACUUGGUGUUCUUGGAAUUGCGGCCGGUUGGGUAUCAGUCUUCAUAGCCGAUAAGUUCAGGCGGAAAGCGCUGAUGAUUUUUUCGAGCGCUGGAAUUUCAGUGAGCAUGGCAGCCUUCGGUACACACUUUGCUCUACUGGACAGCGGAUUUGAUCCGGAAAUGUUGCAGUGGCUUCCAGUUACAGCCUCGGUACUUUUCGUAUUGUUUAUCUCCAUGGGACUUAUUCCUGUUCCGAACAUGAUCCUCAGUGAGAUAUUUGCUCCGAACAUCAAGAGCGUGGCAGCCUGCUUCGCCAGUGUUUCGAUCGGUCUCUUCUCUUUCACCGCAACGAGAACUUUUCAACCUUUAAUGACCGUUAUUGGAGAGUCUGGGGUCUUCUGGCUGCACUCUUUUCUCAUGGUACUGUCUGUAGUUUUCGCUGCUAUUUGGAUGCCGGAAACGAAGGGAAAAACACUUCAGGAAAUUCAAGAUAAUUUAACAGCGAAAUAAGCCAUUACAAGACCAGAUAUUAAAUAAGCAAUGCUGAUGAUAAAAAUUUUUUUUCGUUAUCGUUGAACAUUCCCAUUAGUCAGAAUCUCUACGCAGUUUAGAAUAAACUCAUUUGACAUCAUCGGAAGAACUUGGGGCUCGUGGGACCCUCUUUGACUCAACUGAGUACAAUAUCAAGUUAAUGCUAAUUAGCCUAAAUUCAUUAAAUCGUUGUCCAGGUUUGUUCCUGAAUUUUCCGAGUCUCGAACGAAUGUGCUUACUUGAGAAAAAUUUUCUGAAUAACCAUGACGAUACUGAUACCGUAAGGAUGGUUGGAGCUCGUGACAACUGUCCUUAGUCAACAUUUGCAAGUACGAUAUGGCGGCGGUAUUGAAGUCGAGUAAAUUGAAUUUAAGAAAAGCACGGAUACUGAAUAAGCUUACGAAUCAGGCUGAACAAACA